AAAACCCUAAUUCACAUCUUACAACUCAAAAAAUCAUCAACAAUGGCGAUUUCAUUUUCAUCUGCAUCUUCUUCUCUCUUCACUUCCUCCAAUUUCACCUUCAAUUCAUCCUCACCGUCACAACCGCUUCCAACCGCCGUUAACUACAAACGCGCCACCGUCACCGCCGCCUACGCCACCGCAGAGAGGCCGUCGGAAACAUUAAGAUCGUACCGUAUCGCCGGAAAAGGUUCGAAUUCACUGUACGAUGUGCUCGGAGUAGGAAUCGGAGCGGAUAUGCGAGAGAUCAAAUCGGCGUACCGGAGAUUAGCGAGAGUGUUGCAUCCGGACGUCGGAAAGGGAGAGUCGUCGGCGGAUGAGUUUAUGAAAGUGCAGUCGGCGUAUUCGACGCUUGCGGAUCCGGAGAAACGAGCGGUUUAUGAUCGGAGUUUGUUGCAGAGGCGAGCCGGAGAUUUGUUUCCGGUGAGGUCUGGUGGCGGUUAUAGGAGCCGGAGAUGGGAGACCGAUCAGUGUUGGUAGAAAUUGAAUCUGGAUCGUUGAAAUCGGAUCGUGUUUUAGAGAUCUUUGAAUUCGUAAAUAUGGAGAUUAUUAUUAGGUUUUGAAAUCAGAGUGUUGGAUUUUGGGGAUUAGGGUUUUAAUUUCUGGAUUUUUAAUCUCGAUUGCGUUAUCUUUUAUGAUAUUUGUGACCAAUUGGAUGUUAGAUA